GGAAUCUGCUUGGCUGCACUGAAGCCCGCUUGGAAAGUGCUGCUCGCGGACCGCAGCGCGAAGCAGACAGGGACCAUAGUGCUGACGUUGGAGGCCCAACCCCAGUGAGGUUGCAGAGGGUAAAUGGUCCGGCGCUGGCUGGCGAUGGAGAAGGGGGGGCGGGGAAAGCGGCCCUGGAAGCUUCCUGAUUGCUGGAGCGCAGCUGCCAGUCUGCCCGGCUCCCCCAGCCAAGCGGAGCACUAGUGAAGCGCCACACUGCUCGUCUCCCCCAGCCGGAGUGAGAGCCCCGCGCCCGGCCAGCAGCCCCAGGCCCGCACGGCGCAGCAGGGAGCCCCAGCCCCUUUCAAUGGAGGAGCAGCCCGGCCAGCCUCCGCAGCACGGCCAGCACCACCACCACCACCACCACCAUUACUACUACUACAACCACAACCACCACCAGCACCACCUGCAGCACGCGGCCGAGCCCGGCCCCAAGGCCGCGCCGAAGCCGCUGCUGAAACAUGAGCACAAGCACGCGGGCCCGCAGCACCAGGACGCGCCGAAGAAGAAAACAGGCUAUGGAGAGCUAAAUGGUAACGCAGGAGAAAGAGAAGUAUCAUUAAAGGGCCUGAGUGCUGAUGAAACAACCAACCCAUCUUCCAGGGUACCGAAUGGCAGCCAGCAACUUGUAGACGCUAAUGUAAACCCAAAGCAGACUGUUAAGGCAAGCACCUUUGGGAAAGCUGGAAUCAAACCCAAGAACUUCAUUCAGAAAAACAGUAUGGACAAAAAGAAUGAAAAAAUUUAUGAGAAUAAACUGAGAGAAAAUCAAUCCUCAGACAAGCCAGAGGCAGUAUCUAUUCCAAAUGGUGUUGUGACAAAUAGUUCUGGUUAUAUCACCAAUGGCUAUGUAGGCAAAGGGGCAGAUAACGAUGGUAGUGGGUCAGAGAGUGGCUACACCACACCUAAGAAACGGAAAGGCAGGCGUAACAGUGCCAAGGGCUGUGAGAACCUGAGCCUAGUGCAGGACAGAAUAAUGCAACAGGAGGUCAAUGCCCCAUCCCUAAAACAGGAGGUCGAGAGUUUCAAGACUGACUGUAGUGAACAAAAAGGAAACCGAGUUGACAGUACUAAACCUGUUUGGAAGUAUGAAGCUGGGCCUGGAGGAGCAGGUCGUGGGAAAGCGGGGGCUGGGGAGGUACAACGAAAAAACUCUGAUGCCAAACCUGGGAUUAGCGGCAAAAAGUUUGAUGACCGGGCCAAGGGGAAGCAUGCGUCAGCGGCUGCGUCAAGAGAGGACUCAUGGACCCUGUUUAAACCACCCCCAGUUUUCCCAGUGGACAACAGCAGUGCUAAAAUAGUUCCUAAAAUAAGUUAUGCAAGCAAAGUUAAAGAAAACCUCAACAAAGCAGCUCAAAACCCAUCUUCGUCUCUGUCGUCUUCAUCAUCAUCAUCUUCCUCUACUGGAGAAACGCAGGCCCAAAUGCCGAGUCGACUGUCCCAAGUCCCCAUGUCUGCUAUGAAGUCUGUUACUUCUGCUAGCUUUUCGAAUGGGCCCAUUUUAGCAGGGACUGAUGGAAAUGUAUAUUCUCCAGGGACCCAGCCACUGCUCACAACUGCUGCUAGUACUUUAACAUCAACCUCGUCUGAGUCCGUACACCAGGACAUAAGUACAACUUCAACAGCCGUUGAACAAAAGAAGUCUAGCCUUUUUAUCUACCCUUCAAAUAUGCAAUCUGUGCUUUUGGGUGCAGCACAGGUAGAUCUGCCAUCUCAGACAAAUCAGCAGAACCUGGGGGAUAUCUUCCAGAACCAGUGGGGUUUAUCAUUUAUAAAUGAGCCCAGUGCUGGGCCUGAGACUGUUCUUGGGAAAUCAAUGGAUAAUAAAAUAAUGGAAGUGACAUUUCAAGGGGAAUAUCCUGCCACUUUGGUUUCACAGGGUGCUGAAAUCAUUCCCUCAGGGACUGAACAACCUGUGUUUCCUAAGGCUUAUGAGCUGGAAAAACGGACUAGCCCUCAAAUACUUAGUGGUAUUAUAAAGCCUGGGACUGCUAGUGAGAUUGGAGUCUUGUCUUUGGAGCCACAUCACAUAGGUGAUCUGCAAAUGGCAGACAUCAGUAGCCAAGGUGCUUUAGUAUUCCUCUCAAAGGACUAUGAACUAGAGAAUCCCUUGGCCUCUCCUACGAACAAUUUGUUAGCCUCCGCCAAAGAUCAGAGGUACCAGAGAGGCCUAGAAAGGAAAGAUAGCUGGGGUUCUUUUGACCUGAGGGCUGCUAUUGUAUAUCACACUAAAGAAAUGGAAUCUGUUUGGAAUUUGCAAAAGCAAGAUCCCAAAAGGAUAAUCACUUACGAUGAAGCCAUGGAAUGUCCAGAUCAAUGAAGGUAGCAGGACAAGACUACCUGUUACAACCUUUCUGCAGCGUGAUGCUGUUCACAGGGGACAAAAGGCUUUUAUGCGCCUUCUAAAUCUUCAGUGCAGCAGAGGAACCAUAACUAGAAUCACAGGAUAAUAUAUACAAAUUAUAUAUAGUUAUUUAAAAAAUGGCGACUGAAAGUAAUUAGACUUCUUAAGGAAUCUGAAAAUUUAUUUCAGCAGACUUCACACGUGAUUAUUUAAUCUCCGGUACUGAAUAGGUUUUUUUAGUUUUGUUUUUUGUUUUUGUUUAAAGAGCGAAUGCAAAUGAUUAAUGAAUACAGACUCAGUUCACAAGCCUGGUUCUAAAGUUCCUGCUGUCAUCAACGUGGGCAACAGUGACUGUUGGAGAGGCAUUUCCACUUUACAAGGUUUCUGUUUCUUGUUCUGUGACUGUAGUGAUACACUAAUGACAGGGAAAUUGGGAUGUUUCACCAUCCUUCAUCUCCCCUUCCCCUCAACCUCCUUUUCGUUUUAGUUUGUUUCACUUUGAACCCUGUGCGAAUGCUGGAGAAACGCCUUGAAGUUUGCAGGGUUUCCUUUUUUCCAGAGAAUAUAAUCUGCAUGUCUUGCCAGGAGUCAACCAGCCCAUCAGGUGCUGAGAAAAUUGUCUUAAAGCAUCGUUCUUCUGGGGGGAAAGAUUGUAAUUCUGCAGUUCUGGGAUACAGAGUUGACAACUCCGGUUACAUUUUGGACUAUUACAACUGAAGCGCUCUUUCAUGAGUGUCAUUUUAAAAGACAACAUGCAAAACAAGCAAUUGGUUUAGGCAUUUAAUACGGAAAAAACCCUGUUCCCACACUUUUAUGCCAUUGUAUCACUGGGAGCAAAAAAUAUAUAUAUAUACAUAUAUAUAUCUCCUGCUAUCAAAAUGUAGGUGCUUCAUAUUUGCUCUGUCUGUCUCAACACUAAAUGUGCUUUUUUCCUGUUUUCACUGAAAACCUGAAGAGAAAUUGUGUUCUGCUAACUUUCACCCUUCUUCAAUUAUUUUUUUCUCUUUAGAAAAAAGUUCUUAAAAAAAGGAAAAAAAAAAAAAAAAAGGAAAAAAAGAAAAAGGAAAAAAGAGAAAAAACCUAUGGGAAUCAUAACUCUUUUCCAUUUGUCCCUGAAAGCAAUGGGUGAGGGAAUACUGUCCCGGCCAUUGGAAAUAGUCUUUUAUAUUUUAAUGCAGUCUGUGUAUUUCUGAGCUCUUUUGCUGCUUCUCAUUAUAGCUCUAUUAAAAUAUAUUUUAUUACAAGAGCAAAAUGGGGGGUGGGGGAGGAAUGAAAAUUUAAAAAAAAAAUCAAAACAAAGGAAAGCUUUCUGGCAAUAGCAGAGAAGGCGGAAGAGUGCAGGCUCCAAUUGUGUAACCCAUACUGUCGCGCUGCAGCUUGUGUGAAGCAUGUUACAAAUGUGUUGGGGUUGGUUUUUUUGGUUUGUGUGUGGGGGUUGGUUUUUUUUUUUUGUUUGUUUGUUUUUGGUGCAAAAUUCCUGGGGUCCAAUGUAAGACUGAUCAGUUAAUCAUUAGUGAAACAAAACAAGUUUUCUGGCCUGUCCAAAUUCCAUACAGACACAACUUUUAAAUAUUCUUGUAUGUUCACAGCUGAGUGUUUGGCUAAAAUAUUUGGGCAUUUAGAUUGACAGGAGUUAGCAUCCGGUAAAAUCAGACUGGACCCCAUGAGGUAUUAGGGGACAGAAAUAACCCCAUUACUUUUGCCUACUCUUUGUGCUUAGAUGUAUCUACUCUUUAUUUUUUUUAAAUGAAAAUAAUUAGGUAUGUAGCAUGCAUUUUUUUUAAUUGUCUCAUGCUUUUAUUGAGGUUGUUCCUGAAUGAAGCUCUCCGGUUCAUAGUGGGACAAAGAAACUUUAAUUUUUCCUGAACCUUUUUAAAAUUGUUCGCUUUCUGCCAUGCUUAGUUUUAAAAGUAUAACUGUGGAUUGCCUUCUCCAUUUUAUGUAUUGUACUAUAUAUAUAGUACUAUACUAUAUAUACUAUAUAUAUAGUAAUAACUUACUGUAUCAGUCCAGGUUCAGAAACUUGUGGUUGGCCAGUUGCGGAAUAGUUCUAUUUCACCUAUAAACUGUAUCACCUUUACAGGUGUUUGUAACUUUCAGAUGUACAAUAUGUUUACAGAUGUGCCCUGCAUCUAGUCCUCCCACGUUCCUAUUUUUUAAUUCUGUUAAGUCUCCUGACUGCUUGCCAAAAGUUGGAAUCGCUGUUGGUUUCUCUGUGAAAGAGAACUGAUGAUGCAUUCUUGAGCUUUAAAGUGUUGAACAAACUGGAAAAUAUGACUUAAAAGUUGAGGCGAAAAAUGUUUUGUUUUUUUUUUUUUUUAAAUCCUUUCAGGUCAAUAGCAAAGUCUCUAGUUUGUUUUACAGGCUUUAAAGUUCCGCUGUAUAUUUAUUUGCCUUGUGUAAUCACUUGCCAGCUUAAGGGCUGGAUUCUAUAUAAAAAAGCCGUUUUGCUUGCAUGGGGUAUAAAGCUGUGCUCCCCACAACAUCUGCUUUUGGGGCUGGUGUGACGUAAGAGCGGAACAGCAAUAUCUUUGAAAUGGAAUCUGACCCUUCGAGUUUAGAAAUGUGUGUUAGUCUUGUUGAGUAUUGAGGAAACUCACCUUAGCUGAUCCAGUGCAUCUUUCAAAUAAUGAAAUAAGUUCUCAACCGAAACAGAAUAAAAUAAUCUCUAAAUGUUUUUGUUCCUCCAGCUUUUACUCACAUCUUGCCCCUUCCCUAGGCCCAUUGGUAUUUGACGCAGAAACACCUUCUACAGCUCUCUCCAUUGUGUUUCUGAGCAUCUCAUUUCUUAAAAUAUUUCACCAUCUGCCUCCUCCACUCAAAAGCUCCACUGGUUGUACCAUUGGCUUUAAGCAGUUAGGAAAUUCUCUUUCUGAGAGCCCUGUAGUUCCAGCUUGCUAACAAAGGCAGUAUUUCUGGGCAACAGAAACUUUGGAUAAACUUUAUUGCCUAGGGACAGGCAGGACCAUGGAAUAAACUUCCUUUGUGCUGUUUUGUAACACUUAACCCUCUCUGUGUCUGCAGUCUUUCUCCUUAAGUCCUCACACAAUUCUUUACUGAGCACUUAUUAAAAAAAAUCUUAAGAGUUAAUCUGUUUUCUGAUUAUUUUUGUGUAAAUUUAUAAAAACAAAUUCAGCUGUGACUAACUUAGUCCAUUUACAAUGCUAUUGUGUUACUGAUAGAUCCCUUGAAUUUUCCUUGGACUCAGAGUAUUAGUACUGUAGCAUAAACCAAAUACAGCCUAGAAAAGGUGCCACCGUCUCCCGUUCUGGGGACUGAACACAGUGUGGGGGUGCAUGCAGGGAGGUGGGACAUGAAGACUAGGAACUGAAUGAAUGUGUGUGCAAGCGUUUUAUUCCUGUUUGGAGAACGAACUUUGUAUUUAUUUUUGUGCCAUUUGUUUUUAUUACACUGAGUAAAAUAAGUUUAAAACAAAACCCUAAAAUACAUGUAGUAUUGGGAAGUGGCACUAAGAAUGAAAUCAUGAUCUAUUUUUUUUAAUAGCUAUGAAGAUACUAAUUCAGGUUAAAGGCUUCUUUUAACUUUCUCUUUUGAUUGUAGGCCCUAUGAGUCAACCUACUCCUUACCCCUCCCCCUUCCCUUACCAAGUGAAGUUUUAUAUUUAUUUGACUAUUCCAGCACAAGGGGGUGGGGGGUGCACGCAUGCACACAUGUGUCCUCUUCCUUCCUCCUGAUUAAAAUCUGAACCACACCACCACCUCUCUCCUUUCCUCAUCCCUCUAGUGGCAGGUUUCAUUGGGGUAUUAGCUGUAAUGUGUCUUGCACAAAUGAAACCUAAAUGUGUACCAAAAUAAACACGUGGCUAUUUCUCUUUGGUGGACUGAGGUGUGUUUUUUGUCCACGCCAAGGAAUGGCUUAACAGUUGCCCUGUGUUCCCUCUUCCCUCCUGUGAUGGAGAUGUCAGUCCUUUCAUUCAUUGGCAUUGGCCUCUGUGCUGUCCUCAUCUGGUAUCCCAUCAGACUGACAGCUGUGGUUACUCUCAAUUUUUUUUUUUUUUAAAUCAAAUACAAAAUCAAAAACAAGUCCCAGCUCAGUCAUUUGUGGACCCUGAUUACAGCUGCAGAAGCCAGUUGCCUAGCAGAUCUGGUGUGCCCCUUUUGAGAACUACCUGUGUAGUGUAGAUGGCUUCUGGUUUGUCACUAACCCAUUUUGAACCAUAAAUCUGACUGUUUGCCGCCUUUAAUUGCUGCAAACGUCUUUUCAAUAUGGAAAAGACAAACUUAACCGCAAAAUGGAACUGUCAUGUACUCAAUGGCUGGGGAAGGGGACUAGAGAGAGCAGGCCAUUUCAAUCAAAACCAAAAUCACUUUCUGCUUUGAGAAAAUAACUUCAGAGAGAUGGAAAUUGUCCUCUCUAACUUUCAUAGGCAAUUAGUGUUUUUCUACCACUCCUUUCAAAGACCAGGAUUUUGAUGCAAAUGCACCUUCCUCGUUAACAGCUGCUAAAAGGUGGUGGUGGUAGCAGAAACAUUUCUUGAUGGUAGCAUGGCAGAAAGUUGUUACAUGCAUAAUUAUUGCAGGACAACUUGUACGUGGCUAAUAGUGUCUCUGUGUGUUAAGGUCUCGCUCUUUCUGGUAACAGCAUUUUCAAUAACUCACUCCAGUGCCUGGUGCUUUCAGUAAUCCUAUCACUGGGAUGUUUUUGUACAUGUGUAGUGUUCACUUUCAUUACCAAGGCUGUUUACAAGGGAGGAGGUGAGCGGCAUUAGGAGAGGAUAGAGCAAGGCUAAAUAUGAUUCAAGCUGCUACAAGAGUUUUUGUGCACAAGGCAAGAUUCACUUGAUGGUUGCAAGAACUUCGCUAACUGGUGUGGUGUGGCUGAAGCAGGGAAUGGUGGGGGAGUGAAUAGAAAUCCUGGCUUUUGGCACUGUAGGGUUAAUGGAAGUAUGCCUACCCAUGUGAAAACGUGAAACCAGUUGAGAACCAUGAAUCUGGACUGAUGCAAAGGAUUGGAAGAUCUCCGGCUCCUCUACAGACACAUUGCAUUACAGAGCUUCAGAAAUUUGCCCAAUUUGUAUUAUAUCACCAGGGUAAAGCUGACUUCCUUAUAUCCUGUCUAAAGUCCUCGAAGUUGUAUAACUUAGCACCAUGACACUAGAGGUAGUGGAUGUCUGAGGCAGCACAGGAGUGUUGUAUUGCGUGACCUUGUGUUCAGAGUGUAGUAAUUCCUCAGUGAUGUGCUGCUAGGAUUGUUGAGUUGCUGUUGUGAAAUGGAAAUCUCAUUAAAGGAACAGAAGUCAUAGCUUUGCUUUCACUGGGGGAUACUGAGUUGUAUUUAUCACUGACUGUUAAUCAGAAAACUUCUCUUGUGUCCAGAGUUCUAAAGCCAUUUUGUAACAUAAUAGUAUCCCUUUUCUACAGCCUUAUUAAUAAGUUUAGUAGCUUCUUU